UUAAAAGAAAAAUCUGAGGAAAGGUCACGAUGCGCUUCCACAGGAGAUGUGGAGACAGGGUCACCCUUCUUCACAAUAAUUAUACGGCAGUAAGGAACUUUGUCGAGUUCAAUCACGGCCUGGUUCUAAGCGACCAGCCCCUAAAAGACGAUGCCAUGUUCGAGGUUUGCAUCGAUCGCAAGGUUAAUGUUUGGAAUGGAAGCCUCGAAAUUGGUGUUACAACCCAAAAUCCAGAGUAUAUGGACUUACCUGCAACAGCAACCAAAUUGAGAAAUACUGCAUGGAUUCUAUCAGGCAGUUCAGUUGUGAGAGAUGGUGUAACACAUUUACCAUCAUAUGGUCCAGAGCUUGACACACUGCAGGAAGGGGACUGUGUGGGUGUCAUGAGAACUAGUCGAGCUGAGUUACUAUUUUUCAUCAAUGGAAGAUGUCUUGGUGUAGCUGCGAUGGAUAUGCCCCCACUUUUAUACGCGGUGAUUGAUUUAUAUGGACAAUGCGUUCAAAUCACUCUGGUUCCGCAAUCACCCACUACACCUAGACCUGCGAUAGCAAAUGCAGAAUCUCCAAAUGAAGCAGUGCGUCAUGACGGGCCAGUGUCACUCAUGGAGGUUGUUAGCUAUGAACCAACUGUUAACACAUUCCCGAAGAGUAGUCGCGAUGAAUAUGUUUACAAUUGUGUGGAAUCCCCUUGUGCCUACUAUAAUCAAGACUGUCUGAGAUUUCAUCCUAGAUGCGGGGUACUGGUUCGUCUCUCACAUUACAAUAGGACGGCGGAGCGCGCUCGGCCGAUGGACGAUUAUAAUGAUGCGGUGGUAAUGACAUCACGACCGUUGCGCGAUGAUGAACUUUUUGAGAUACGAAUCGAGCGCAUUGUGCACAAGUGGAGCGGCAGCAUUGAGGUUGGCGUUACGAAUCACAAUCCAGCUACGAUCCAGUUCCCGUCAACUAUGACUAAUAUGGAAUCCGGCACAGUUAUGCUCUCUGGCUCCAAAGUGCUCAUCAAUGGUCAGGGCACAUGCACCGAGUAUGGGUCUAUGAAUCUUGAUGAAUUAAAGGAGGGAGAUAUGGUGGGCAUGAUGAGGAAGUCGUGCGGUAGCCUCCACUACUUCAUCAACGGCGUGGACCAGGGCGUGGCAGCAAGAGACGUGGCCGCGCCCGUCUGGGGUGUUGUUGAUCUCUACGGCAUGACUUCCAAGGUCUCUAUAGUGGAUGCAUACGAUGAUAGUAACCUCCAUGAAAUAUCGCCGCUGCCCAGCGUAUCGGUGUUAGCCGGCCUAAACGAGCUGGCACCUGAGAUGGACAUGGAUGCAGAUAUAGAUGCAGAUAUGAAUGAAAUAGAAGAUGACAGUCAUUUAUUUCAUACGAUGCGUGCUUCGAAUGUUGUUAUUAUUAACAAUGGUAAGACUGCUUAUAGGCCUAACGCUAUGGAAUUCUUCAAUGAAGGGCUCGUAAUGACAAACCGACCCCUGAGGAGUGAUGAGUUGUUCCAAGUUAGAGUCGAUGUGAUCGUACCAAAGUGGGCUGGGAGCAUUGAGAUCGGAGUCACGCAGCAUACAGCAAAUGAAAUACAGUUCCCAUACAAAUUGAGCAACGCCAAAAGUGGCACGUGGGCCUUGGUUGGCGAGGACGUGAUCCGCGACGGCGUCAUCAUCAGCUCGCAGUACACCAGGAAUCUCAACAGGCUGGUGGAAGGAGAUACAAUCGGCCUGAUGCGGACCAGCCUGGGCGUGCUGCACUUUUACAUCAAUGGUGAAGACCAGGGCCCCGCUGCCUACAAUGUACCUGAUCCAAUCUACGGUAUUAUCGAUCUGUACGGACGCGCGGGUCAAGUAAGCAUUGUGGAGGGCCGAGUUGACCCGCCUUUAUACUCGCCUGAAUCACCGCUCUCCACUGAAUCUAUUAUCACCUCUUUUCCGGAGAUGUGUUUCCAUCUGGUGCAUGGUCGCAAUGCGGUGUUGUCACGGUCCCGGCUGACAGCAUCACGCGCUGCUGUCUACUCGGAGUUCAACGACGCGGUGCUGUUCAGUUCGCGACCGCUGCGUGAAUGUGAUAUGUUUGAGCUACGUAUCGACGCUAUGGUCGAUUGCUGGAUAGGCAGCAUAGAAAUGGGUGUGACUGGAAUUCGGCCCGAGGACCUGGAGAGUGGUGCUGGAGGUGCGCUGGCGGGCACUGCAACUGACCUGACGGGGGAUACGUACGUACUGAGCGGUGCUGCGGUCAUGAAAGAUGGUGAAUGCGUGCGCAGCGGAUACAGACUGGAUCUAGACACGUUGUCUGUUGGUAGUAGAGUCGGUAUGAUGUGGCAUGCGGACCGCAGUUUGCACUACUACUUGGACGGCAUGGAUAUGGGCCAGGCGUGGCAUGUGCCUCAUCUCAAUAUCUACGCAGUCGUCGAUCUCUACGGCCAGUGCACGCAGGUGACGAUAUUGCAGAAUGAAGCGCGUACGUUUAACUACAACCCCGGUACUGCAUCUGACAACUCACUGUUGGACAUGACUCAACAACCUGCCGCACCCCCACAGCCUUACUGCACAUUUUCUGAAUACUGUGGCGAUAAUGCGCGCGUGACCAAGGAAUAUUCGAUAGCGACGAGGUUCCUGCCUGACCCUGCUGCUGCUAUUGUCUUCAGCUCCUCACAUCUGGCACUUGAAGAGAUGUUUGAGGUGAAGAUAUUAAAGCAGCGCGCCGGGUUCGCGGGGGGCUUGCGUGUGGGCAUCACAGAUGUGAACAUCCUGAACGCGCACGUCAACCGCAGCCUCCCGCCCGCCAUCACAUACCUGCCUCACUUCACUGCAUACAUCGACGGGAAGCACAUGUUUUAUUCAAAACCGGGAAGCCGCGAACACGACGCGAGGCUCGUGGUGCCCUCCUUCGAGUGGCUGAGACCCGGAGACCGCAUCGGGCUCAAACUGACCGACGACCACCGGGUCGUGGUCUACUACAACUACGAGCCCCUCGAGGUCGCCUUUGAAGGCGUGCCCGAUAAAGUGUAUGCGGUCAUCGAGUUACACGGCGAAGUCAGCAAGAUUCAAGCUAUGAACAAGAUGGUCCCCAAUGCAUUGCCUGCGCACCUAAACGAGUCGUUCAUGAGACGCGAGGUGGAGACGUUCCAAGAGGUGACGUCGCUAAAGCCUUGCGAGGAAAUGGACGGCAGCAUGGAAGGCAUAGAGGGCACGCCCGCGCUUUCCCCCGCGCCUCCCGCGCCCGCCGCGACCCCCUCGCUCGUCACCCACCGCACCCCCCGCCCCUACACCUUCCACAACGUGCACGGCAGCAAUGUCAAGCUUUGCAGCUCCGACACGGUGGCGGUGCGCACGACCGGCUACAAGGGCGGCCUGGCGGUCGUCAGCCAGCCGAUCAGGCGCGGCCAGAGCUUUAUGUUCCGCGUGGACAAAGUGGACGCGAGCUGGUCGGGCGGCGUGGGCGUGGGUGCUCUCGGAUAUCUUCCCGACGAGCUGCCCGACCUGGCGGGUGCCGUCGACCCGCCCGCGUGGAUCCUCGCGCCCGACCUCUGCGCGGACAACGGCACAUACUUCCGGCCGGAGGCGGCGCGCGCGCUGGAGGAGGUGAGCGAGCGCACCGUGGUCGGCGUGCAGUUCCUGUGCGACGGCCGGUUGGUGGCGGCGGCGAACGGCCGGCCCCUCUGCGCGCUCGGCCUCGUGCCCGACUCGCUCGACGCCCUCUACCCGCUCGUCGACGUCUACGGCAAAGUCUGCCAGGUGUCGAUAUUGCUUCACCCGUACGCGCUCGGGAGCGGAGCCUCCCUGGACCUGCCGAGCGCGACGGUGACCCGCGAGGACCGCUCCGGCGCCUCGGAGCCCCCAACGGACGACGCGUCGCCGACGGACCUCGACGCCGGCGUCGACGCCCUCGAGCCAAAGCCGCGCGCGCACAGCCACGGCGGCCUCGCGGAGGAGCUCGCGGCGGCCCCGCGACCACCCCCCGCCCCCGCCAUGCACCGCACCUCCGCGGACGACCCCCUCGCCGAGCGGCACCGCUGCGAUACUAACAUACGCCACAACGACCGCUACCCGGAGGCGAGCGAGGUUGACGACCUCGACGUCGAGAUCGUGGACGCGCUCGCGCUGGAGACCGGCAACCUGCCCGACCUCACCGAGGACCGCUCCUCCUCCGUCGACGACUCGACGCGCCGCGACGACCUCACCCCGGACGCGCUAACGCCAGAGGACUCGCCCUACCUGAGCGCCCUGCUCGGCCUCGAGCGGGCCGGCGGCGGCGAGGGCGAGCCGUCGGAGUGGGAGAGAGCGGCCGGCGCCCGCGACUGCGCCCGGCUCGCCCUCGCGCUCGACUACUGGCGCGCCUUGCUGCGGCCGCUCCCCGAGCUGCGACGCGGAUGCGCGUGGGGCCGCGCCGAGUGCCACUGCGCCGCCUGCCGCCCCGACGGGCGACCCCCGCUGGCCGGCUGGGUGCGCAUCGAGCGAGCGGACGCGGCGGGCGGGGCGGCGCGCGCGUACUGGCCGUUGGCGCGCGCGGCCCUCGCGGCGGUGCGCUCGUGCCCCGCCCGCGCCCGCCGGCCUCGCCGCCCCUCCGCCCUCACGCCCACCCUCGCCCGUCUGCCGGCCUCACUCUACGACGUAUGGUUCGACGAAGAGGGCAAACCGCACCGCGCCGCGCUCGCCCUGGAGAUAGAUGUCGAGGGAAAGACACCGGAGAGUGAUUGUAUGCUGGCCGUCCUCAUCUAUCUGAAGCCUCACUCCACCUCGGCCGACAGUCCAUGCCCCCUAGAGGAGUGAGAGAACCCCGGCAGCCAGGGAGAGGGUCUAGGCCCUACAUCUCGGUGCAAGUAAACCGAUGUCACUGACACCAGUCAACGGUAGACCAGUGUCAUAAAUGUCACAAUUCAAGUAUAGUGUGACAAACUUAUCUGGCCUUGUAAACAAAAGUAAAAAAGUUGACACACGGCUUGUCAAUAUUACAAAUGACAAUAUCUCGUCAUGUCCUUGUCUUGUCAUUUUCUAUAUUAAAUAUAUUUUGUGUCAAAUCUUAGCACUAUAACAUUGCUACUGUCAACAGAUAUACAUCAAUGACAGUAAGUUGAGCAACGUUUAAAUGUUUCCAAUUGGACGGUGCUAUGGCGUCGAUCUGAAAUACAAAAUGGCGGUUACGUAAAUGUCAUACUGCCAUUUUGUUCCUAUCGUAAAUUAUGUCAAGGUUACUAUAUGACAUAUUACUCAGAACUAUAUGUUUUUUUAUGACAUUGUCACGAUAGUCGUGUAAUUUGUCAUUUUUAACAACGAGGCUGUAUUAUUCUACUUUGUAGUUGUAAUUCCAAACAUUAAUUAUAAGUAUUUAU